CGGAAGGCGGCGGGGCCGGCCGGGGAUGUGGAGGGCAGGCAUGGCCGCCGGGGACGGGCUGGGCCCGGCGCUGCGGGCCGUCACCGAGCAGGUGCAGCAAGCGGCGGCGCGGAGGCCGAAGGGGCUCCCGGCCGUGCAGCCGCGGCUGGUGGCCGUCAGCAAGACGAAGCCGGCAGAGAUGGUGAUCGAUGCCUACAGCCACGGGCAGCGCAGCUUCGGGGAGAACUACGUUCAGGAGUUGCUAGAAAAGGCCUCAGACUCCAGGAUCCUGUCCUCUUGUCCAGAGAUUAAGUGGCAUUUCAUUGGCCAUCUGCAGAAGAAUAAUGUCAACAAGCUGAUUGCUGUCCCUAACCUCUUCAUGUUGGAAACAGUGGAUUCUGUGAAGCUGGCAGACAGGGUCAACAGCUCUUGGCAGAAGAAAGGCUGCUCUGAGAAGCUGAAGGUGAUGGUGCAAGUGAACACAAGUGGAGAGGACAGUAAGCAUGGCCUUGCCCCCGGAGACACCGCGGCUGCUGUGGAGCACGUCCUCACCAAGUGUCCCAGCCUGGAGUUCGUGGGGCUGAUGACAAUUGGCAGCAUUGGGCAUGACCUCAGCAAGGGGCCAAAUCCUGACUUCCAGAUGCUGUUGUCUCUGCGACAGGAGGUGUGUGAGAAGCUCAACCUGCCCCUUGAGAAGGUGGAGCUGAGCAUGGGCAUGUCCACAGACUUCCAGCAUGCAAUUGAGGUUGGAUCCACAAAUGUCAGGAUUGGCAGCACCAUCUUUGGAGAGAGAGAUUAUUCCAACAAAGCAGCUGGUGGGAAGUCCCCUGUGGAGCCCAAAGGGGAAACAGAGACCUUGGCAGCGCAGGGUCAGUAGGUGGAGGGGGAAAAUAAAACCAAGCAAGCAGCCUUGAUGGAGGACAGAUGAUGGGAGACCUCACUAUGCAUUCUCACCUCCCUCUGUGUCAGCAUCUCGUGGUGAUGGUGAGAGGGAAUUCCUCAGAGCAGAGGCCAGGAAGGCCUCAUGAUGCAGUGUGAUGAUAGAGAACCCACAGGAGCUGGGAGCUUCCAUAGCCAUCAGAUGAUAAGAAGCUGUCUGCUUGUGGCAUCUGGGCUCCUUCAGGGCCACUGAGGAAGUGACUUUGGGGGAACUGGGUUGAACAGACCGAGGCUGUGCCAGGCUGGAGUUGCUGCUGAGGAAGAUGUGUCUGCAGCAGUGGUGAUGGUUCCACUGGGGACUGAAUUCUUCACAAGUUAGAACCUUGCCAUCAGUGUUUCCCCAAACACAUCUUGCACCUGGCCUCUGCUGGGGGAUGCCAGAAGCUGUGCCAGAGCUGUGCUGUGACACUGGAGGGGCUGUGUCCACUGACACAGGGCACACAGGAAUGGAGGAGGA